GACCUCACCCACCUUUGACGAGAUAAAGUACCCACUCCAGAGUCAUUUUUCUUCCCAAACGCUCGCAUUCCUGUGAUUCUACAUCUCUAAUCCCUUCUCCUUCCUCCGCCCAUCAAUCUCCUUUGAUCCGUCAGCGAGGAUGAAGGCCUCGCUGAAGGCACACUUUGAGCCGGAGCGAAGCUCAGCCAUUGCCACCCUCUUCCUCCCCGCCGGCGAUGCACGUAUUAAAGCCUCCAUCACCGAGGCAACUUUCUCCAAAGGCCCUUCCCUCAACAGCCUCUUGCUAUCCCUCGAAAAGCCCGGUUCCUUCAUCAUCGACUACAAUGUUCCAAACCAGGACUUUAGGUUUCAGUUCAUGAACACGGUGCGAUUGGCGGAAAAGCCUGUGAGCUUGACCUACACGCAUAUGCUCGGGGCUCGCCAGACGGCGAUUGACGGUUCGCUGCAGAUCGAUCCGGCAAAUAAACUGUCGGUAAAUUACAGCUUUGGUUCGGGAAACUGCAAGGUGAAGUACGCUUACGCGCAUGGUGAGUUUGGGAGAAUUCUGGUGGAACCGGUGUAUGAUCUGUCAAAGAAUACUUGGGAUUUUGCCGUGUCGAAGAAGUACGAUGGGGGUGAUUCGCUGAAGGCGAAUUAUCAGACCUCGAGUAAGGUGCUUGGGUUGGAGUGGAAUAGGGAUUCAAAGACCAAUGGGUGUUUCAAGAUUUCUGCUGCUUUCAAUUUGGCGGAGAAGAACGCCAUACCUAAAGUUUUUGCAGAGAGCACGCUGAACUAUGACUUCUGAUACAGUUUGUUCAGAAAUACGUAUCUUUCUACCCCCCUAAAUUUGAUCUUGCAAGAAAUUUAUUUUCCCAUUCUGUUCUUUAACGGACUGAUUUCUGUCUUCAAAAACUGAGCUUUUUCUAAGGCAAAAGGUGAUUUGAUAUUCAAAUGUGAAUUUAUUAAGUUAUGCUGGUUUAGCUCUUUUUGAUAUAUACUGAAAAAAAUGUGCAAGAAAACAAAUUUUGCUAGGUUGGAAUUGAAAUUUAUUGAAUUUGUUUU